ACCACAAGCCAACCCCUCCCUUAGCUCAGCAAGCAAGCUCACUCAAGUGCUUUAAGAGGGCAAACAUUUGGGCAUGCUCAAUCACUGCCUCCCAUAGUAUAAAAACUUCCCCAGGAGGGACCAACCCAUCUUCAGGCUGAGAGAGACCAUCCCAAAAUGAAGUUUUUCCUUGUCCUCCUUCUGGGAGCUGUCCUGUGCUUGGAUACAGGUUCUUCUUUGGAGUGUUACAAGUGCACAUUACAACUCAGCAACUCCAAAUGUCAGGCAAAGGAGACCUGCAAAGAAAAUGAAGAAUGCAAGACAGAUGUGAUCAGGCUUGUAGGACUCUUCAAUGUCAUCAGCAAGGGUUGUGAGGCAUCCUGCAAAGCACUGGACCAGGACUACAGUGUAACCAGAAGGAAUGUCUCCUGCUGUUCCUCUGACCUCUGCAACGUCAACGCAGGGAGCAGCCUGAGAUACAGCUAUGGGAUGGCAGCAGGAUUAGCAGUCAGCAUCCUCUGGCCCUUUGUGACCAGCAAACUGUGAGAAGCAAAGGUUUUGGACACCCCAAAAUCUUGGAGCAGACCUCUGAUGAAGGAAUUUCUAACCAGGAGGGAGGUGGUGUGUGGGGCAUGCAGCAUCCUCAGAGCUGAUGGCAGAGCUUUGCUGUAUGAGAGCUUCUUCCUUGCUGUUAUUGCAUUGCUGCAGUGCUAGCAGAUAA